AUGACCAAAACAAAGAGAACUGGAAAAGCGCAGUGUGAACCAUCGACCUUGGAAAGGGUAUUAGAGCUCGUCAUUGCCACCUCCCAGCUUGUUCCCACUCAACAGUUCCGCGAGACCGAUUUCCUGGACCUCCAGGUCAUCCUUAUAUCUGAACUCGGACAUACCCUGACACACUCAAUGUCUACGUCAAGCUUUAACCAAUCCGUUAUCAUGCCCUCUGCCACUGUCUCGAUCGGCUCAACUACAUUAGGGGGAGAUUCCAACACAUCUUAUCACGGGGAUGAGGGAGAGCAGACGAUCGUUCACAGCAAAACGCUUGCAGACGGGGAGAAACAGAGUUUCUUGUGCCGACUGUUCACCCAAUAUCACGAGUCCAUGUUGACCGGACCAUACCACGACAAAAAGUACACUCAGUAUUGGAUGGGUCAAUUCGGGGUCAAAGGCAAGGAGGAAACCUUCUGUCUAUUGGUUAUCAGGGUAGCGCCGAUGCAGGAGAACAAGGACGAAGGGAUGGAAUCUAUCAGUUACUGGAAGUCGCCUUUGAGUGCGGUGGAAUGGCUCAAAGCACGGGCGGAAGCAUCUCCCGUCGACUCAUGGGCCAGAUAUGCAUACGAGAGUGCAUAUCUUGAGCUUGAUCGGGUGGAUUUAUUCAAGCUCAUCUAUGUGGAAGGGAUGAUAGGGCAGAUAGAAUGGUAA